CUAGUGCAAAGCCUGCCGCUCCUUGUUGGCAGCUUCGGCUCGCCUUCACUACCAGGCGGCCAGGCGGGACCCCACAUAAUUCCAUAGUCUAACCUGCCAACCACUUCCACCGCCACCGCCGAGCGCGGUGGCACCGACACGACACACGUAGCUGCAGACCUGCAGUGCCAGCACGGCUGCCAAUCCCUGCUGGCGCUGUUCCCGGCUCCGAGAUCAUUUGGACUCGGCACUCGGCAGGGAUGGGGAUGGGGACGGAAUGGCCGCCGACGCCUGCGCAGCAGAGGAAAGCGGUGGUGAGCGCCGGGUCGGCGCUGAAGCUGGUACUGUUCGUGAUUCUCGCGGGCCUCGCACUGCGGCUGCUGGUGGGGCCCCCAGCCUACCUCCUGCCGCCCACCGCCGCGCCAGAGGGGGCCGCUCGUCUUUUCGCGGUGCCGGAGAGGGAAAGAACCGCCGGCGGCGGCGGCGGCGGGAUACCUUCCGUCGAAACGGAUGAUGCGGUUUUUACUUUGACCGAUUCAGAACCUCUAACAGCUUUAGGCAAGAAGGAAGGUUCCACAAAACCAGAAGAAAGUUGUGAUCUUUUCCAUGGCGAGUGGGUUCCCAAUUCAUCAGGACCAGCUUAUACUAAUGCAAGCUGCCGCUUCAUUGAGUCUCCUCAGAACUGUAUGACAAAUGGAAGACCUGACACAGAUUAUCUCAAUUGGAGAUGGAAGCCAUAUGGUUGUGAGGUAUCACCAUUUGACGGCAAGAAGUUUUUGGAUGGCAUGAAAGGCAAGCAUUGGGCACUCAUUGGUGAUUCCAUCCUUCGCAACCACGUCCAGUCAUUGCUUUGUCUUCUUUCCAAGGUCGAAGAUGCUACUGAGGUUUACCACGACGAUACAUUCAGAUCCAGAAGAUGGCACUUCCCUUCGUACAAUUUUACGAUCUCCCUUGUCUGGGCACCAUUCCUGGUCAAAGCUAAAAUAUUUGAGGACGACGAUGGAGUUUCUACUGCUGAUCUCCAGCUGCACCUUGACGUUCUCGAGACAGACUGGACUAGUCAAUGGGAGAAGUUCGAUUACGCGGUGAUAUCCACGGGCCAAUGGUUCUUCAAGACUGCAGUGUACUGGGAGAAUGGAGCUGCGAUUGGCUGCCACUCCUGCCAGAACAAAACCCUGGAAGAGAGGCCUCCGGAGUACUCCUUCCGCAGGGCACUCAGGGUGGCCUUCCAGUUCAUCACAUCCUCACCUCACAAGCCAGUAGUCUUCUACAGAACGUGGGCUCCCUCGCAUUUUGAGAACGGCGAGUGGUUCAGCGGCGGGACUUGCAACAGGACGGCCCCAUUCAAGCCAGGGGAGGCCGGUGACAGAGAAUGGGACAAUAGUAUGUGGAGGAUUGAGAGAGAAGAGUUUCACAACGCGGUGCCUAUCGGUGGUGACCGUCUGAAACUGCUCGAUACAUUUGAGCUCUCUCUCCUCAGGCCUGAUGGUCAUCCAGGGCCUUAUAGAGCAUACCAUCCUUACGAGAAGGGCGUGACAGCCAAAGUCCAGAAUGACUGCCUCCACUGGUGCUUGCCUGGGCCUAUUGAUGCGUGGAACGAUGUAAUUAUGAAGAUGGUGGCAAAGGACUGAAGCAUUAUCAGGUGGUAGUGUGGUACCCUAGGCAUGGCAUCUGAUCUGAACACCAGUAUUGUCUCAAGUCUCAUUUUCAUACAUAUGUAUGUUUCUGGGC